AUGCAGGCACUUACAAGACGUACAGAAGGUGCAGCACCUCCAAAUAACCAAAUUGCAAUCUCUGUCCCUGCCAACGCGCGAGAACAGGCCCUCAUCCGGACCGUAAAAAGGACAAGUGCCCUUGAAAGCCCUAUUGUCGCACUCACAGGCGCCCAUUCUGCGGAAAUUCUCAGCGCACGCUUCGAUCCUACCGGCCAAAAUCUUGCAGCCUGCUCAACAGACUGCUCAGUCUCGCUAUGGAGAACCUAUGCACCGUCGACAAACUAUGGCCAACUCCCCCAUCUCCACAAAACAGCCAUUACCGACCUACAAUGGUCUCUCGUUUCCUCGCAUCUAUAUACUGUAUCAGCCGACAAGACGCUAGCCAUCUCAGACCUCACAACAGGUCAACGGGCGCGCCGUCUCAGGGGCCACACCGGUAUCAUCAACGGCCUGUCACGCACUAUUGCUGGGGCUGGUGUCGAACUUCUCGCCAGUGCUGCGGAUGACCGAACUGUGAGAAUAUGGGAGGGUGGUGUCGAAGGCAACAAGCAUCCUGUCGCCACUUGGGAUAUUGGAUGCCCAGCAACAGCAGUCUGCUGGGGACCCGAUGGCAACUCGGUAUAUAUUGGUGCAUUGGAUAACAUGAUUCACGUGUACGACCUGCGAAAAGGCGCAGAAGUCUCGGCUUUGGGUGGACACACUGAUACACCUACCUCGAUCUCCUUGUCCCCCGAUGGAUCGUAUAUUCUAUCACCCUCUCUUUCUUCACAGACCUUGAUCCACGACAUUCGUCCAUUCAGCUCGUCUCCAACCCGUAUUCAUCGCGUUCUACAAGGUGCCCCCGCUGGAUUCGAAAACGCCCUCUUGCGUGGUGCGUGGUCGAGGUCGGAUAACGGUGCGAGGGUAGCGGUUGGCGGAGCUGACCGCACAGUCACGGUGUGGGAUGUGGAGUCGACCAAAAUUCAAUACAAGCUACCUGGCCACAAAGGCACCGUUACCUGUGUCGACUUUCACCCUAAAGAGCCCAUAAUCUUAACUGGGAGCAAAGACGCGACGCUUUUACUCGGGGAGCUUGAAGAGACAUCAUCAUAG